UGAUGCCCUCCCAAGGAUGGGGAGGCUGGGGGGCGGUGUCCUGCCCACCGAUCUCGCCUGUUGCAAGGGGCACUGGCCGUCCCGCUCCCCGCCCUUUGUUGGCAUCUGGAGCCCAGAGCCCUUGGGCUGCCCCCGCUGGGGCGGGGCGGAGCCCGGCCCUUCAAGGGUUAAGCGGCGGCCCCGCGGCAAGGGGAGGAGCCGCCGGGCCGGGAUAAGGCUCCGCGGCGCGCCCGGCUCCCUCCUCCCCGCGAGCGGCCGGGAGCGCAGCGCAGGGUGCCCGGAGCGCAGCGCCUCCAGCCCCGCCACGCCCCGGCCCGGCCCGGCCCCGGCCCCCGCCGGCAUGAGGCCAUGUCGCCGGCGCAGCGGGGGCUAAAGGUGCCCUCCAGGGGCGCAGGGAGAGCGCCGGGUGCCGCCGGGCUGAGCGCACCGGGCACCAGCAUUGGAGAGAGCUGUGCGCUCAGCGCCCCUGCCCAGGCGCGGGCACUGGACUAAGUUCCCCCCGAGCGCUGGAGAGCGCCGCAGGCUGAGCGCACCGGGCACCGGACUGAGCGCACCAGGCGCUGGCAUUAGAGAGUGCUGUGUGUGGCGUGCCCUCUGCCCAGGCGCCAGCACCAGACUGGGCACUGGCACGGAACCGAGCACCCCGGGCGCCAGCGAGCCCUGUGGCCUGAGAACCCAACGCCCGGGCACCGGUGAGCCCUGCAGACUUGGCAGUGGACUGAGUCCCCCGAGCGUUGGUGUUGAGCCGCUGCAGGCUGGGCUUUGGCAAGCACCCCGUCCAGCUGGAUCGGCGCUGGGCACCUGGACGCUGCUGGCCGAGGGUCGCUGAGGCUGGGAUCUGCCCCUGCCCUGCUCCGUCUAUCUGCCCUUCUACGCUCACCUUGGCAACAUGCUGCCCCGGCCGGUACGCCUUCUGUGCGGUUCCGUCACACCGCUCUUCUGCCUCCUGGCACUGAUGGCGGCCCUGCCCCCGGGGGCACCCACCUGCCCUAUGCUGUGCACCUGCUACUUCUCCCCACCCACAGUCAGCUGCCAAGCCAACAACUUCUCGUCAGUGCCCCUGGUGCUGCCCCCCAACGCCCAGCGCCUCUUCCUGCAGAACAACCUGAUCGGGGCACUGCGGGCGGGUACCUUCGGGCCCAGCACUGUCACCCUCUGGCUGUACUCCAACAACAUCUCCUCCAUCCAGCCCGGCACCUUCCGCCACCUGUCCGCCCUGGAGGAGCUGGACCUGGGGGACAACCGCAACCUGCGCAGCCUGGACCCCGACACCUUCCGGGGGCUGGAGCGCCUGCAGUCCCUACACCUCUACCGCUGCCAGCUCAGCAGCCUGCCCAGCACCCUCUUCCGCAGCCUCUUCAGCCUCCAGUACCUGUACCUGCAGGAGAACAACCUGCUCUAUCUCCAGGACGACCUGUUUGUGGACCUGGCCAACCUGAGCCAUCUCUUCCUGCACGGGAACAGGAUCCGGGUGCUGUCAGAGCACGUGUUCCGGGGGCUGUGGGGGCUGGACCGGCUGCUGCUGCACGUCAAUUGGCUGCACUCCGUGCACCGCUGGGCCUUCCGCGACCUGGCCAAACUCACCAUCCUCUACCUGUUCAACAACAGCUUGGCGACGCUGCAGGGCGAGACGCUGGCCGAGCUGCCCUCGCUGGAGUUCCUGCGCCUCAACAACAACCCCUGGGCCUGCGACUGCCGCGCCCGCUCCUUGUGGGCCUGGCUGCAGCGCUCCCGCGUCUCCAGCUCGGCCGUGGCCUGUGCCACCCCGCCGGAGCGCCAGGGCCGUGACCUGCGCCACCUGAGCCAGGCUGAUUUCUGGGACUGCCUCCCGGCCAACCGCGCCCCAGCCCGGCCUGCAGGGGGCAGCAAGGCCGAGGCAGGCUGGCCCCGCAGCAAUAGCUCCUCCAACCACCUGUACGGGCUGGGGGACGUUGGGGCGCCCGCCGCUGACCCCUCCUCCUUCUACCGGGACCUGCCGGCCAGUGACAUCCGCAGCCCUAAGUACGACUCGCCCACCGAGGUGGACUACUGGGCCGGCUAUGGUAGUGAGGAGGGCCGGCUCAAAGAGGGGUGUGCUGGCCCCGGCUGCUCCCCGCUGGACUCCGGGGUCUGCCGGCCAGGCACGCUGCCCGCAGCCCUAUCCCCGCUGCUGCUGCUGCUGCUGCUGUUGGGGCCCCCCGGGCUCUGACCCAGCCCCUCCAGACUGCCCCAGACUGAGCAAGGACAGCGACUAUGGGAGGAGGGGAGGACAGGCCCUAAAUAACCCCCCCAUGGCACUGAGACUGAGGGCGGCAGGCCCUGAGCCCCCCUUCUGGGACUGAGCCUUCCUUGUUUCUCUCUCACACACCUGCCCUUGUGGGCAGCUGGCUAGUGGGGAAUGUGGAGUUUGAGCAACGGGCGCUUUCUCGAUGCCCAGUGGGUUUCUGCUGCUUGUCUGCUUUUGGAUGGGAGCCCAUCAGUGCAAACAGGACCCCCAGAGAACCCCCUGCUGGCACCCCAACUUCCCUCCCCAUGGAGCCCCCACACCUCCAGGGAACACCCCCAUAGGACCCCACCCAGCAACACCCCCAUCUGAUUCCCCCUCCCCCACCCAAAGGGACCCUUCCAUGCUAGCCCCCAACCCCAUUGAUGUUGCUCACUGGACCCCCCCCACGCACUGCACCAUCUCUCCCACCCUGGUUAGAGCCCCUCCUUCCUAUGUGACAAGCUGUGCAGGGGGACCGGCUGUUGGAUGCCUCUUCCCCCUGCAGAAGUCCACAGCAUGGUCCCUAGGAGUUAUAGCUCCCCUCCUGCUGAAGGGGGGGGGAUCAGUGUCCUUUUAAUCCCCCCUACUGUCCCCUCCAAGCCACACCACCCCUUGCUCCCACAACCACCACCACCCCCCCGCAGCCCAUUGCCUGCAUCCCUAUAAUCUCCACUCCAAGCUACUGCCUCCCCCACACACAACCCCCCCCACACUGCCUCCUAAUGUAGAGAGAGGGAGCAGCGUCCCCUCCCCCACAGUGCUCCCAGCCCCUACUUUCUCUCUCCCACAUGAUUACCCCCCCCAUCCCCACCCACCUCUCCCUUUCCCCAUCUCCAUGUUCCUGGACUGGCCUGCAGGGAUGAAAGCUCUUUCCUUUUCCCCUUCCCUCCUCUGAGUCUGGUGGGAUCCCUCCCCCCCCCAAGCCCCGCUCUGCGGCUCUAACCCCCCUUUGCCGACACGUCUGAUGCUGGAUGUUUUCUGCUGCUCACCCCGGCCCCCUUCUAACAAGCAAAAAAAAAAAAGGGUUGGAAAAUUAUUUAUUAAAAAAAAAAUUCUAUUAUUUUA